UUUUUUUUUUCUUUUGCUUGCUAAUUUUUCCUUAUGAAAUUUAUAAUCUUGUGACAUUAGUUUUACCUUUCAUAAAAAAGAGUAAUUAUUAAAAAAAAAAAGCAAAAAGAUAUGAUUAUAAUAAAGAAUUAAAUAAAACUUAAUUUCUACUUAUAACUUGUAAUGCCUUGCUCCAAACACUAGAGGAAUUGUCCGAGUUGGCCCACCCCAUACUAAGCCUCACGAUUUUAUCCUAUUGGUGGAAUGAAGAACUUCCCAGGAAGUCACCCAUUUCCACCAAAAGGCGUCUUUAGUGAUUAGUUUCUCCCAAUGUAUGAUUGUGUUUAUUCCUGGCCCCAUUUGGAUAAGGGCACCAGCAAGCCUUGCCCUCCCAGAGAACCACUCUAGCCGAGACCUUCCCUUUCCGCACGGGAUGUUACAAGCCCACCAGCUUCCUACUGGUUCGUUCCUGAACCAUACAUAUACUAAAGGGGAUCCGGCUCUGAUAUCAUCUGUAAUGCCCUGCUUCAACCACCAGAUGAAUUGUCUGUUUUGGCCUAUCCUAUUCUGAACCUCAUGAUUUUGUCCCAUUAGUGGAAUGGAGAACUUUUCAGGAGGUCACUCCCUUUUCGCAUGGGAUGUUACAUAACUAAUAAAAUCAUUAAAAAAAUCUGCACAAAUACAUAGGCAAUGUCCAAUAUAAGAUAACGUCAGAACAAUUAUAAUCAAAUAAAAAGGAAAAAAAAAAAGAAUUUGAAGUAUCUUAACCGCUUAAUUGCUGUUGAUGCAGCUAGUAAGGAUUAGAAAGCUAACUAUGUUAAAUUGCUAAACGAAAUACUUCUAAGUUAUUUCUUUCUAUUUUUUUCUUCACUAGAUCAAUAAAUCUAAUUGAAAAUUUUAGCUUUUAUCUAGGCCUCAUGAAAAAGCGAAAAAGAAAGUGUCAAUAAGAUUAAUUCGAUUAGGUAAGAUGAAUACUUUUUUUAUUAAUUAAAAUUUGAUUAUAAUAAAGAGUACUAGUAAAUUAUUUAUUUUAAAUACACUAAAUCGAUCUUUCUAAUUUUGAUAAAAUAAAAAGCUCAUUCGUGAAAUCUCCUAAUCACAAGUAUAAAAAAAAAAAAAAAAAAAAAAAAAAAAAAAAAAAUUGUCACCCACCUACUUUCUUUCGGAUGAGAAGAUCAAAUGCAAUUUAUCAUCUACUUUCAGAUAUCAGUUAAUCUUUUUGACUUUUUAAAAUUAAAUGAAAAGAAAUGGAAAUUGAGAUUGGUCCCCCACCCCCCCACCGAAAAAAAAAAAGUCAGAAACAUGGGCUUGUAACCAUGUCCACAGCUUUGGUCAAAUCUGAGUAGCUUUGCCUAUCCAGACACCUUUUAAUCACCUCCUCUCUCCUCCCCCCCACACCCUUUAAUAUUCAAAAGCCAAUUUAUCAUUCUUCAACUUCAACAACACAAACCAAAAAAUCCCAAUGAGUUCUGUAGAGGAAGAAGAUUUCUUUGAUCGUCUUCCAGACCAACUUCUGCUUCUUAUCUUCAACAAGCUACAAGAUGCCAAAUCUCUUGCUCGCUGCCUCUUAGUCUCCCAUCGCUUUGCUUCUCUUGUCUUCCAAACUGACACGGUCUUUCUUUCCAUCUCUCCUCGCAAACACAACUCAAAGUCAAGCCAUCGAUUACCCGUGAACAUUUUAAAGAUUCUUUUCUUGAAGUUCAUUGCCAAACCACUCCAGUUCUUUCACCAUAAAAUUGCUCCUAACAAGUCACCUGCUAGAAACUCUGGUAAUCUCUCAUAUUACUCUCCUAAUGAAGUUUUGAAGCACUUCAAAGAUGUUAAAUCUCUGCACAUUGAGGUUCCAUCUCAUGGUGGUAAGGUAGGUUUGGAGGGUAUUGGUUCAUUGCUUAAAUGGAAGGCAGAGUUUGAUGUUGAGCUCAAGAAUUGUGUUGUUCUUGGCGCUACAUCUUUUCAGGAAAGCAUAGAUCAUUUUCAAAACCAGAGAGAAGACAUUGUUGAGCAAGUAUUAACUGAUGAUGAACUCAAGUUACGAGUUGUAUGGACGAUUUCUUGCUUGAUUGAUGCAUCUGCGAGACAUUGGUUGCUAAAGGAGGUUCUAGCAGAACAUCACAGGCUUGAAAAUGUGACCAUAAGUGAUAUAAAUAAGCAAGGAAAGCUGUGCGUGGGAAAAGAUCAGAUUACUGAUAUGAGAAAUGCAUUGAAGUCAUUGGCAACAAAAGAAUCAUCAACGGAGAGAAGCCGAGUUCCAGAUUUGAGCAUGAAGCUAUGGUACGUGCCCGUGCUAGAGUUACCAGAAACAGGUUUCUCGAUGAAGGGAGCGACACUAGUGGUUAUUAGACCUGUUGACGGGGAGAUCAGAGAUUUAAGUGAUGAUCACGGUGAUUUUUCCGGUUUUGAUGGAGAGGAAAGUGAAAAUAAAGCAUUUGAUGAAGCUGUGAGGGAGAUGAUGAAGAUGAGGAAGAACUACGUGAUGACAAUGAGCUCCUUUUGAGUUGUGAAGUUUGGGGAUUAGCUUGCAGUCGCAGACAAUUUGCCUAAUUUUUGGAAAUUAAUUAAAUUUGUCAUUGGAAACACUGAUCUGAAGCAUAAUCCCGUUGUUCAUCUCUUUCAACUAGUGAUUCAAUAUAAAAAAAGCAAGUGGAUGUAUUGCAAUUUGCAACCA